AUAAGAUGUGCUGUUACGAGCUAUUAAAAUCUCAGUAGAAUUUGGACGAUUUCGUGAACACAAUUCACACUAAGCACACGUUAUCCUUCAACUGGGAGCGCCCGAAAAUCCCGCACGACCCUGAAAAUGUUCCGGAGUCGCAGCUGGUUUGGGGGCGGAUGGAAUCGUCCCAAGAAUCGUCUAUCGCUUGAUCACCUGAAGUAUUUGUACAGUGUACUGGAGCGCAAUACGACCGUGUCGGAGAGCAACCGAGGAUUGCUGGUGGAAUCGUUACGUUCAAUAGCGGAAAUUUUGAUUUGGGGCGAUCAAAAUGAUUCGUCAGUGUUCGACUUCUUUCUGGAAAAGAAUAUGCUGUCUUACUUUCUGCACAUAAUGCGACAGAAGAGUGGUGGAUCGAGCUUCGUGUGCGUGCAGCUACUGCAAACGCUAAACAUCCUGUUCGAAAACAUUCGUAACGAGACGUCACUGUACUACUUGCUCAGCAAUAAUCUGGUCAAUUCGAUUAUCGUACACAAGUUUGAUUUCUCCGACGAGGAUGUCAUGGGCUACUAUAUACUCUUCCUAAAAACGUUAAGCCUCAAGCUCAACACACAUACGAUACAUUUCUUCUACAAUGAGCAUACGAACGACUUUCCACUCUACACGGAAGCGAUCAAAUUUUUCAACCAUCCCGAAUCGAUGGUACGCAUCGCCGUGCGUACGAUCACUUUGAACGUAUACCGAGUGCAAAACCCGAACAUGCUCCAGUUCAUACGGGACAAAACGGCCGCACCGUACUUUAGCAAUCUAGUAUGGUUCAUAGGGAAACAUAUCUUGGAGUUGGACAAUUGCGUACGCAAUGACAUUGACCACCAAUCCCAGCAUCGUUUAGCAAACCUAGUAGCGGAACAUUUGGAUCAUCUACACUAUCUGAACGAUAUUCUCUGUCUCGAUAUUGCCGAUCUAAAUGCCGUCCUGACCGAGCACCUGCUACACAAGCUGUUCGUGCCACUGUACAUAUUCUCCCUCACACCGUCGCCGCCUAUGUCAAUGGCCGUGGUGACGUGUAACCUUGCGGCCGUCCUUAAUAAGGUCGUCGAUAUUGACAUCAAGGAGAUGAACAAUCCACGUGUUGCUAGCGUUGUGGCACUGUUUCUACUGUCACUUGUGUUUCUGGUCGUAACGCAUCGUCCGCUGAUUAAUGCGCUCACCUGGGUCAUCCUAAAUGCGGACCAUACCGUGUUUAAGGAAGGUGCAGCACAAGUACUGAACGCUUACAUCGACAACCGGGAGGUGGUAGCGUUAGGAUUUGUACAACCAGUUGAAAGUUUGGAGGAAGCGCUAGAAACUGCCGCUUAUAGUGUUGAUCAACUACAUCUGGCAGAUGAACGGGCAGCAGCCAGUGGUAGCAAUAAAAGCCCAAACAGUAGUACCAGCAGCAGCAGCAAAAGCCAGGCCAGCACUAGCAGUAGUAGUACUUCCACCAACAAUGAACCACCCAUAUCGAAUUCUCCUAGCCCGCCAACCCUUUCGGAAGAGAUCGAAAAGGUAAACAUCACGGACGAGGAAAAGGAAAAGCUCCUGCUCAAUGCGUACCGAACGCCGGAAACUAAUCGUCCCUUUCUGGAUAUGGUCCUAUCAUCGCUCGAUUGUACCGAGAACGAUUUUCUGGCCUUGUUGGCCUUGUGCUUGCUUUAUGCGCUCGCCAACAAUAAAGGUGUCAACUCGGAAUGGUUGGAGAUUGUGCUGAAUCGCUCGUCGCCUUCAAAUCGUACCCAGUAUAACGUAAUACUGAUCGAAAAAUUGCUCCAGAUAGUCAACAUUUCUAGCCAACCUUCCUGUAGAAUACGGCUAGUAACCACAGAACUAGCGUUGAAGCUUCUCGGUCAGAUAAUUGGUACCGGGUCGGAAGAUUCAACCGCUUCCGUACCGGAAGAGUAUCUGUCUUCUCUCAACCAAUCCCGCAAUCAGGCGAUGAAUGUACUGAAAAAUUUCUACAAAUCAGAGGACAUUUUCCUGGACCUUUUCGAGGACGAAUACAAUGAAAUGGUAAAAGCUACAUUGAACGUUGAAUUUCUCUGCAACGACUCGACCAUACUCUUACCCCCGACCGGUACACCACUGACAGGAAUUGGAUUUACACGGCGCCUGCCGUGCGGUGAGGUUGAGAAGGCACGCCGUGCAAUACGUGUGUUCUUUUUGCUGCGCCGCAUGUGCCAGUCAAUAUCGGGCGAAAAGGAAACGCUGCUACCGCUCACCAAUCUGAGCCAAUGUGUUCAAAUAGAUAAUGCACUUGAUUUGAAUAAUAGUGAUCUUAUUGCUUGUACCGUCGUCAUGCGAGACGGGACCAAGUAUCGACGGUUUUUGGUGAUGGAUAUCCUGCAGCUGAUACUGGUCGAACCGGACAGCAAACGGUUAGGGUGGGGUGUAGCAAAAUUCGUCGGAUUUCUUCAGGAUGUGGAAGUGAACGGAGAUAAGGAGGAUUCACGCAGUCUCCAUUUAACGAUCCAUCGGGGCGGUGCGACCAACAAUCGUACGCCCAUCCUGUCGGCAAAGUUUAUGUUUGACGAUCAUAUACGUUGCAUGGCAGCUAAGCAACGGCUUACGAAGGGGCGCAGCAAAGCACGACAAAAGAAAAUGUUUCAAAUAGCGCAACUGUUGGAAAUUCCGGGACAGUUGAACGAGUCGUCAUUUCCAUCACUGGCGGCGGGAGGAUCAUCGGCAAGUGGUACACCUUCGCUGCGGCAUGGUUCGUCGAGCCGUCAGGGACGGGAGCAUAGGCCACUGUUUUCCACCAGCAAUCGUGUGCCAGGAGUGGCGGCCGCAUUAAGGCGCGACAGUAUGCCAUCGGGAAGCGUUAGCCGUGUGCAGAUGAGCGCGAGUCGCUCAACAGAAGGCGAACCAACUGGUGCACGGAGAAAGCUUACCACUGGACCAGCAACCCGACGGGAAAGUAGUCAACCGAUUGGCAUCGGAUCGGGCGCACUAAAAUCGCGAGACAAUUCACGCAACCGGUCAAGUACGCCUCGGUCGAGAGAAUCGAGCCCUCGCAUACCGAGACCACGGUCGGAGGAAAUACCGCUGGAAGACUUUCGUCGAUCACAAAACUCUAGUCCCGUGUCACGCAACUCGUCCAACAAUCCAUCCCGUUCGCAUACUCCUUCCCGGCUGUCUCUAGAACCGCUCAGUGUGGUUAACAUCUCGUCGAGUUCGGUAGCAGGGAAUGGAAAUGGAACCAGUGGCAACGGUAGUGUGCUGAGCGGUUCCGUAAAAGAUCCUACCAUUCCUAAUGUUUUGUUAGCUGGAACGAUAAACCCCGCACCGAUAAUAGCACCGUUACCCGUACCCGUCGUACCCACGGAGUUAAGCCCAACAUCGGAAGAAACGUCGUUCAUUGCAAACGAAGAGCGCCAGAAAAAGCGUGGAGUAAUCGAAACGGUCUAA